AUCUGUUUCACCCCGUGGUUGUCUCCACAGAUAAUUUUUGAUCGCCGGAGCUGCUCGGACGGGUUUCAGGACCCGGUGACAGGCGGUUGGCGGUCAUGGUGACCGAGCGGGUUGACUUUGGAGGCUCUUCCUUCCUCCGGUCUCAUGACGGUGGGACUCGCUAGUUUCGUCUGAGCUCCUCUCGGCACCUCCGCUGCUGCUAUAAGUUUACUGUUGUUGGACUCCGUCACCUCAGAAUAUGGCGACUCACAGUACUGGAGCAUUCCAAGACCCCUCACAGAGUACAGGGGAACGGGGGGAGGUGGUACAAACGGUAUCAAAGGAGACCCCUGGAUCUCCGGAUGCCUCUGAGUUGGGAAGCCCCCGUUGUGCACCUAGUUUUGACCUCCUGAACAUGGUUGUGUCCUACAAGAGAAUGGCUCUGUAUCUAGAACCGCUUAUGGAUGCGGUGGAGGUCAUUCGUUUCUUACUCGGGUGGAGGAUGCCACUGUGCUCUCUGUUCGUUUGUAUAUUCCUUAACGUCUUCUUUUGCACAGUUACCGAAGGUACAAUGAGACAUUCAGCCGUACUGUGAUGUUGCAAAUGCAUUUUAAUAAUCCAUUAAGCUGUUGUUCUGCCUGCCUCUCGGGUAUCAGUUGGUUGGUUCACAGUGUGUACGGUUGCGGUAUCAGCACCAGCUGCCCUGGGCUACCUGCAGGACAGGUGUGGGGGCAGAGCUUCUGAAGCUGAGCUCCAGAAGAGGCAGUAUCACGCUGUGCACCGCAGAGACCUGCAGGAUGUGCAUCUCACCAAGCAGGAGGCCAUGCUGGAAGUCAAAGACCUGUUAAAGCGCCUAGAUGAAAUGCUGUCGUCUGCCUGUCACUCAGCAGAAGCUUUUUACAACGUUCUAUACUGGGAUAAUCACACAAAGUCAUCAAGGUUCUAUGGGGCGAUGUUGUUCGUGGUGUGUCUGCUUUAUGUUGUUCCUGUGGGCUGGGUGCUUGCUGGGCUCAACAGCAUCAUCUUCCUGUGGAACAGAGACUUCUGCAGAGUUUUAUUGGACCUGAGGAAGCUGUUUCAUGUGGGUCAAACGCAGCUUUCAGAGGGAGGCUGUGAAGAACAGGAACAGGGCAACUUGCUGGACAGGACCCCCACUCCCACUAGCUUGGAGGAUCUCUCUCCUGGGAGUAUUGAGGAAGCUGAGGAGGCCGAGCCAGAUGAUGAAUUUAAGGAUGCAAUUGAGGAGGAUGACGAUGGGCCCCUUGGAGCUCCAGAAUAUGACACCAUCUCUGAUAAUUGCCUGUUGAGUCGCAAUGAACCUAUACGCACCAAGGUGUCCAAACUGACGGAGAAACUGCGUAAACGCUGUCCUGCUGCCGUCACUGGCAACUGUUCCAGCUGCAAUGCCGUUUUCUCAGUUCUGAAGAAGAGGAGGAGCUGCAGUAAUUGUGGCAACAGCUUUUGUUCACGAUGCUGUUCUUUCAAGGUGUUGAGAUCUUACAUGGGGGCGACGGCUCCCGAGGCACAGAGAGAGACGGUGUUUGUAUGCGCCGCCUGUAACUCCUCCCUCACCAAGUCACAGUGAGAUGGACAGUUCGUUUUGUCGCCAGAACCUUCACUGGAGCCCAAACAAUUGUAAAGAAAUCUCUUUUAUGUGGAAUUUCAGAACCUUC